AUGAAUCAAUCAGGCGGUUCAUCAGUACAAACUGAAAUCUUCCCACCUGAAAAUAUAAGAUUACAUACAAAAUAUACAAAAAGAUAUUUCACCGAAAUCAAAAUCAUGAUAUUUUGUUUUGUGGUAGGUACGGAUCUUGGUAGCGUCUUUAGAGUUGGCGGCCAGAUAAAAACGACCAUUGCGGAGCUCAAAGAUAUGAUCUACGAGAAAAAUAAGAUCGAUUUCCAAAAUUUUGAUGCCAACAAGUUGAACCUAUGGUUGGUGGAUAUUCCUUACGAUACAGAGAACAUUAAACUGAGAACACUUCAAAGCCGAUUCCGUGAUAUGGAGGAAGAAAAUAUUAUUAUACAAGAACUCGGAGGUAAAAAGUUGUCUCCAGUUGAUGAUAUUGGUGACAUCUUUACGUAUGACUCCAAGAAUAUCCUUGUAAAGGCCUUCCCACACAUAAAUAUUCUUUCAAUUGACCAACUUAUUGACGCGCUCGCCUUGAUUCGGAACGUCGAGGCAAUGGAAAGUGACCUUCCAAGUUCACAAAAUGACCCGUGCGUUAAACUGAAGAUGGCACCCUCUUUUUUCAAAAUAAAUUUGCCAAGCACCAUAACCCAACAAUCUGCCACACCGGUAGAUCUGUGUCUCCCUCCGUAUGAAUCGAAAUCUGGAAUGAACUAUCUCAAUCCAUUUUAUGAUGAUUCCCAAUUCAUAGAUACGGUUUCUCUUGUCCAAGAAAAGUUGAUAAACAACCCGAGAGACAUAACUAUUCUCGCAGGGGUUUCAGGAGGUGGAAAAACAUCGACAGCAUUUGGAAUCUCUAUACAACAUUGGACAAUAUAUGUUGAUUUUUCUCCUAGUGGAGGACAAUAUGGCGAUUUUGUGGGCCGGGAGCUUGAAAGAAUCAGAGCUAAACCACCAAUGUACGACCAAACUGAAGAACAGAGUAAAGUAUUUGACAUGUUGGACUUAGGAAUAAUCUCACGCGGACUUUUACUUAUCAAGAUGCUUGUUCAGGAAAAAAUUUCAACGCCAAAGGAAUGGCUGUUUGCACAGCUUCGAAUAAUGAAUAUAGAAGAAAUUACAGAGGCCUUGCGUGUAGAUAAUGUUUCUUUACUAUUUCGUUACAUCAUCAAAUGUCUCGGUGUGAAAUCUCUAAUCUUAAUAUUUGAUGAAGCGCAAGUCCUUUGUGGUCACGAAUAUGGAGAAUACAAUGGGAGUUCACAGAAAUUAUGGAAGAAAAAGUGGAAUCUCUUGCAGGCUUACAUUGAACAUCUUACCCAUCUUCCCGUUACUUGCCUUAUUGCCGGCACAUACAUGCAUAUGGCAAGCGGAAUUUCCCUUGUCACUAGUGUUGGAAAAGUCCCGGGUUUGCAUGUUCAUAUUGUGCUAAAGCUUCCCUUCCUUACACGAGAUGAUGUCCAGCGGAAUCUCGAUACUGUAAUCGACAUGAGAGAUGUUACACCUGAAACUUGCAACUUCCUGGGAUUUCAUCUCAGUGGACGACCCCGAAACUGUGCAUCAUUUGUUCGGAUGUUGAUAUCGGAGCGAGAAUCAAGGAAUAGAACGAAAGAUCAAGAGAUGCAUGAACUUAUUUCUUUGUGGUAUGCAAAAAUAAGCGAUGAUAUGGGAACAUAUUUGGAAAAUGCGUGUAAAUCUCUGGGUGCAAAUUACUUCAAUCCAGAAACAGCAAUUCUGGAUGUUCUUAGGCUUCGUGUUUUUUACAAUUAUAAGUUCAAGCAUGCUAUAGAACUACUUCAACAUAGCAUCAUUCCUUGCCAAUCACCAGAAUACAUUAUGUGUAGCCGUGAUGAUAAAACUUUUAAUGAGAUCCAAAUCAACCCAUCAUUUGAAUCUUACCUUGUCUCUGGCAUCGAAAUGUUUCUUUUAAAUAGAGGGAAAACUUUGGUAGAUAUCUUCGUUGAAUACAUUAUCCGACUCAAUAAUACUUCAUCAAUUGGCAAUGAAUUUGAUGCAGUCUUUAUUUCGGCAAUGAUCCAGAAACGUGGGUUUAAUGUACGGGAAGAGCUUAACAAAUGGAAAAAUGGUCAAGAAUUUAACCUUCCUUCAUGGAUAACUCCUACAAUGAGGUUUACGACAAUUUCAAAUCUAUCAGGAGGAGUUCCUAUAGUCGAAUAUGUUAAAAAUACAACUUAUUACGGUUCUUAUGCAAUCCAACCAGACAGAUUCUCAGGAUCAGACGCGGUGAUCUCUUUAGUAGAUGAUAAGCAAGAUGUGAUAUUAUUAUCGGCAAGUUGCACAAUUUCUGGGGAACCUGUUAAACGAGGUAAGAUCAAAGAGCAAGUAUUUAAGUCAUGUAUGAAUUUUCAGUACAUGGUUUUAAAGCAAAAGAGGAAAAAUUUCCAAAUUGAGGAUCAAGAGGAGAAAUUUUCUUGGAGAGAAUCAGAGCAACUUCAAAUAGGUUUUGGCAAUUUUUUAACACCCAAUGAAGAGGUCAACUCAGAAGAAAAGGAGGAGGAAGAUCUUAAUUAUGAUGAUUUGGAUUAUGACUUGGACUACACCAAAAACACGGAAAAUUAUCAGAUAUCUAAGGUCUCUGAGCAUGCAAAAAAUCAUGAGGAAAUCAAAAGUUCCACAGUGGGUAAAAAACAUAUUUAUGUUUCAGUGGAACUUCCACAUAGAGCUGGCAAAAGAUCAAAGUUGUUUCGGUUCAAUGAAUAUGGUGACCUCGUGAUUAUUGUGGAUGAUCGUAACAUAGAAUGUGUUUUUGGACCAGUCAUUAAGAAGCUAAUGAAAAAAAUUAGCUAUAAAGAAAAUCAAGAAAAUUCGAUGAAUCAAAAAGAUUUGAUGGAUGAAACGGAAUAG